CCUCCUCUAAAGCACUGUGGAGAGAGCAGUAUCUCUCCUUCUCAUUUCCUAUUGAUCCCUGAUGGGAUGUUCCCUGACAUAGGAAGGGGAUGCCCAGGGGUCCUGUGUGUGCAGCCUUUAACCUUAGACACCCUUCCCUAGUCUGCUGAUGUGAGGGAAUACAGAGGAUGCAGUGGAGAUGUAUGCCUGUAUUAUGUACACACCCCUUCUAAGAACUCGCUCUCCUGCAGCAUCUCUGCUCUCUGGUACCCAAAGAGACCUGGAUGCCUAACCUGCCUCUUGUCCUGCUUUCCUGUUCCACCUAUCGUACCCCUUAUCACUGCUAGCCCCUGUGCACCUCUCCUAACUCACAACAGCUGCUUAUUAAAGAGAUUUUCCAAUGCAUUCCUGAAGACUUUCAAUAUGGAUCUACAACAUCCAAGCAGGCUUAUAGCAUUGGGACUUUGGCUCUUCGUGACUGUCACUACGGGCACAAACGAGACAGGUCCUGGAGAAAGUGCAAAGCCUCUACAUAUCCAUAAACAUCAACAUGGCCUUAUGCAGUGUGGACUGGCCCAGUCUGUGGCAUUUCCUUGCAUUUUCUUCCUACGUCCCUCCAACACCCCACAGGCUUUCAAUGUUGUCUCAGAGUCCCCACGCAUUAAAUGGAGUAAAAUACAGCCCGGGCCAGGCCUGAAGGAAUUAGCUGUAUUGGUAGCACGUGAAAAUGUGGUAAAAGUGGCUCGUGGUUAUGAGGGGAGAGUGUCUCUGCCUGGAUAUGCCCACAACCGCUAUAAUGCCACCCUGGUUCUGUCCAUCGCUCGUGCCAGUGACUCAGGAGUGUACCGUUGUGAGAUUGUUCUAGGCAUUGAAGAUGAGCAGGACACUGUACCAUUGGAAGUGACUGGUCUGGUCUUUCAUUACCGAGCAGCAAGUAAUCGCUACGCCCUGACUUUCGCUGAUGCUGUGCGAUCCUGUGAGGAGAACUCUGGUGUUAUUGCAUCUCCGGAGCAGCUGCAGGCAGCGUUUGAGGAUGGCUUGGACAACUGUGAUGCAGGAUGGCUGUCUGAUAAAUCCGUGAGAUAUCCAAUCAAAACACCAAGGCCUGGUUGCUAUGGAGACAGGAAUAAUCUUCCUGGUGUUAGGACAUAUGGAGAGCGAGAGCCAGAGGAAACCUAUGAUGUGUAUUGUUACACUGAAGGACCCCAAGGAGAUGUUUAUUAUGUGUCGGAGAGAAACACUCUGGAGGAUGCCAGAAAGUCUUGUCUGCGUGAUGGUGGGACAAUGGCUACUGUUGGACAGUUGUAUGCUGCGUGGAGAAAGGGCCUGGACCAAUGUGAUCCAGGCUGGUUGGCAGACAAUAGUGUUCGUUACCCCAUUCGGAACCCAAGAAGAAACUGUGGUGGUGAGGAACCCGGGGUUCGAACUCUUUACCAAUACGCAAAUCGGACUGGCUUCCCCAAUCCUGAACGCAAAUUUGGGGCUUAUUGCUACAAAGCUCUUCAAGCAACAGCCCCCACCCCACUAGGGAACGAGCAACGAGGUCCAGUGUUGAUGCCACAGGAAGACCUCAGGCUGAUAAAACCCGAACUUCAAAGUCAAAAGCCUGGACAGGCAAUACACUUGGAAUUUAAUAAUGCCUUGUCUGCCACUGACACUGCAAUAUCUGCUACAAGACAUGGAUUUAAAGUGGAAGGCAGCGAUCCAGUAACAUCCAUCGACUCAAAGGGCAUUGUGAGGGAAAUCAAUGCAUUAUCUUCAAAGCCACUUGUCCUGGCUUUCACUGAAGACAUACAACAACAUGCAGUGACCCGUGUACCGGCCAAAUCUGAUUCUUUUCAUACUUGGGUUCCAGAGGCACUAACUACUACAGAGGUUGCAACCUGGAAACAGAUAAGCACAGAUAAAAUACAAGAGGCAAAGUCAGCACCAGGUACAGCCAGGGUGAAGGCUAAUCCGUAUGGUGUUUCCAAAGGCCAGGACGAGGAUUGGUCUUUAAAUGUAGUAGACAUGAAGUCCAAACCAAGACAGACCCACUGGAGGGAUUUUCUUGAAGAGUCUGAACCAGAUUCAUCAGAAGAAUUUCCUGAUAUUGGCCAGGUAUCCGAACAGCAUCAAUUAGAGUUAAGUCCUCUCUCUGAAGAUGCCCAUAAUUCUCUGCAGUACACAUGGCUACUGGGCGAGCAGAAUUCUUUAACGUCACAGAAAGAGACCAAUGGUCUUGACAGGAACCUUGCUGUCCCAACACUUUAUGAAAAUUUGGAGCUUCCAACUAUCACAACUGAGUUUGAAAAUCAGGAGCAAAGUACACACUCUUAUACUGUAGCAAAUCCCACAAGUACAUUGGAAGAAGUAGCUCUUCGAAGCAAUCCUGAACCACAGUUAAGAAGACUAAGUGAUCAGAAUGUAUAUAACCACUUAGAGGAACACGAAAUAAGUCUGGAUACAGUACAGCAAGAUGCAUUACGGAGACAUGUUGAAUGUAAAGACCCACUGGAUAAUGGCAAUAAACUCAAAAAAGAAGAGUAUAAGGAUGCAGACUAUCUACUUCAUGUAGAAUCCCUGUCCAAUUCCAACGAAGUGAAGGGAAAUGGAAUAACACAACCAAGAUUGAUUGCCUUGGAAGGGCAGGAGAAACCAGACGACCUGGCACAUCUGACAGCUCAACAAGAUGCCAACCAUACUGUGGAAAGUGAACACCAGCCAAAAUCAAUGCAAUCACAAACAUUACAUCCUCCUAAAAAUAAAAAAGUAAAAGAGCUUCCGAUCAAAUUGGAAAGAAAUCAAGGUUCCUACAGUGAUGGACAGGAAUGGGCACCUACAGUCACUAUGUCAACGCCAAUACACAAUUCAUCAGUGGAGAUUGAUCCAGUCAACAGUACUAGCUCUCCUUUGCACAUUACCAGUAGCUCAAAAUUAACAGAAAAUGGGAGAGCUAUAGACGAUGAGCACAGUAAGUCAGUUGAUGAAUCUUCCUAUGGUGAAAACUCUGAAGUUAUGGUGGGAAAAGUAUACAAGAGUAUAGAUGGCGAAGACAUUGAGGGGUUUUCUGGAGAUUCAGUUAUAAAAAAUGAGGUAUUAGUUAACCCGAUUAAAUCAGAAAUAUCCAAUCCUGCUGACCCAGGAUUGAGAGCCCAAGUUUCAGAUGACUUCUUUUUCCCAACUGUAGAGCUUCCAAACACAGAACAGAAAACUGAUGGCAGGUUGAAUGGAAGUGUAAGUCUCUAUGCCAAUUUCCAGGAAAGGCAAGGCAAAGAGAGGAGUUUCUCGGAAAAGCUGGCUUUGUCUUUAAUAGAAAGUAAUUUGAAUGCAUCAGUCACAAUGAUUCCUGAUACGGUCUUUAGAGAACAGGAUCCUGAUGCACUAAAGGUACAGGAACUUACAAAUCAUACAUAUAUUCAAAAUAAGACUCUGGAAACAAUCCACAGAAAUGUUCAGCCAGCAAUUAAAACAAUAAGUAACCUAAAAGAGUCAGAAAAUGUUACUUCACCAGCUCCUUCAUCACCACCAAAGACUGGAACCCCACCAUCACUAAUCCACAGAACCUUUACUGAGAAAGAAGAACAAACUGACAUCUCUAACAACCAAGUACAUGCCACUGAUAAAUUAGUACUUCAGAGUCAAACCAUCCCAAUGUUCGCUAAAAAUGAAAAAGAUAGUUCUAAUGAAGCUUUGCACAUAUUUGGAGAAGAUGAUCAGAUAGUAGAAGAGAGGACCACAUCUGCAGGAUAUAUCAUUAAGUCAUUUCUGGAAACUGACCAUACUUCUGUUGCCAACUCAAUUACUGCAAACUCCAAUUUGGCGUCAGAAGCUGGGGUGGAAAUUUCCAGUGGAACUUCAAGACCUCCUCUUCUUUUUAACUUGCAUUUUCCAAUAACAUCUUCUACUGUAACUGAAAAGCAAUCCUCUGUGGGACAACCAGGCAGCAUGAAUACUGAUUUUGCAAAGAUGGAGAACAAAACCCUGACACUAAGUUCAACAGACUCUUUGGAAAAAAUGGGUUAUGUAGGAGAAGACCAUAGUCAUGUAAAGGGGUCUUCAGUUCCAACAAUCAUUUCUGCAUUGUUAAAGUCCAUAGGAAAAAGUGUGAUGAAUGAAGGAUUGUCAUUGGAGAAGGAUGAAGACCUUGGAAGUGGAGGAGAAGAUAGUGCACAGUGGAUAUUUGAAGAAAACAGUGCAGAAGACACAGAGGGAUGCGAUCAUAACUGGCACAAAUUCCAAGGUUCCUGUUAUCGAUUCUUCCCCCAGCGAAGACCAUGGGAGGAAGCAGAAAGAGACUGCCGUCGGAGAGCCGGGCACCUGACUAGCAUCCACUCCCAAGAGGAGCAGGCCUUUAUAAACAGUUUUGGUCGUGAGAACACCUGGAUUGGUCUCAAUGAUAGAACAGUAGAACAAGAUUUCCAGUGGACAGAUAAUACUGCAUUGCAAUAUGAAAGCUGGCGAGACCAACAGCCUGAUAAUUUCUUUGCUGGAGGAGAGGACUGUGUGGUCCUGGUUUCACAUGAGGAGGGCAAGUGGAAUGAUGUCCCGUGUAACUACAACUUACCUUACAUCUGCAAGAAAGGGACAGUGCUUUGCAGUUCUCCUCCCAUGGUAAGAAAUGCUCAUAUUAUUGGUAAGAAGAAGGAUAAAUACAGCAUACAUUCCACUGUACGCUACCAAUGCCAGGAUGGCUUUAUACAACGACACAUACCAACCAUCAGAUGUCACCGGGAUGGAAGAUGGGACAGGCCUCGGAUCCUAUGUGUGAAACCCCGAAGACACCACAGGACUAGAAGACAUCACCAUCAUCAUCAGCACAGGCAUCAUCCACACAAGCAACAUCACAAUCACCACCACCACCACCACCAGCAUCAUAAUCACCAGCACAAAUCACACCGUGAGAGGAGGAAAGAAGACCAGCAUGAGAGGAAGAAAGAGGACCAGCAUGAGAGGAAGAAAGAGGACCAGCACAGACACCGGAGAGCUAAGAACACUUACUACUAAUGAGCAUCCAGUAAUUAAGUCCUGUGCAUUCCACCUACUGCUGACAAACCCAUCCCAUGCUGGGAGGAACAGACAUGAUGCAAGAGAAGAUUUAACCCCAGUCCCAUUAUUAGAUGUUUCUGAGAAUGUUCACAAGUCCCAGCAAACAUUACAUGAUUUAAUACACAGAUAUCAUUCCUUACUUAUGUAAAUCUGGUGCUGUUAGUUAUAGGCAGGUUCAGUACCUUUAAUCCAUAGCCAGAUUAUGGUUAUAAAAAAUAGAAAACCAAAUCGUCAUAUCACCCUCUUUAUAAAUAAGGACUACUAAGCAUCAUUUUCACGAUACUUAUGGCUAUCGGUCCCAACAUAUAAACUAUUCUCCCAAGUGAUUAUUUCGUUCUGGCCUUUUUGUGUGUGAAUAACAAGAAGAAGUUGAAGCCACCGGGUUAUUGAAGAAAGUAUGUCCUUGAAGAAGAAACCCACACGUAACUUACUGAAAUUAUAGAACACGUAGCUUAAUGUGGAAAAUUAUAUUAUGUGACCCAUCUAAGUGGUAAAUUUACUAGAAAAUCGAUUAACAUUGAUUCUGUGUUUCAGGGUAUGAAUCACACAUUUACUAAACAGAUGAUUUUUUACAUAGUUUUUUUCUAAGCAAUGGCAAAAAUCGAUGCUUAGUAAAUGUGUGAUUUAGAACCUAUACAAUAACAUCAAUUUAAAAUUGAUGAAAAUCGAUUUUUAGUAAAUUUACCCCUAAGUAUUGUUGCAGUGAAAGUAAUUGGAAUAAAUGUAACAUGUAUAUCAGCACAAACAUCAAUAAUUCAGUGAUAAAAAUGACUUUAUAAUAAACAUGGAUCAUCCCA